AUGAUGCCAAGCUCCCUUUCAGAGACCCAAGCCGUUGGUGUGCAUGUGGCGCUCGUGUUGCUGGAUGGCUCCUCCGUGAGGGGUACAGUAUUUACGUACAGCCCCGCUGAGGAGCUUCUUGUGCUCUUCCAGGGAAUCUCAGGGAACAAUCCGAACGUGAAGAUUAUCAGGACGCGUUUUAUUAAAGAAGUCAGCGUUGUCAAUGAUGCAGAGGCUGAGAAGCUUCCACCGCAGCUGGACCUCAGGUCUCGCUUGCCUUCCAUGCAUGCUGGCCGCGAACGCUCGCUUUUCAAAUACGCGAACUCGCAGCUUCGCGUUGCAAGAGAGAAGCGGACGGUUCUGCUCCAGACCGAAGACAAGGAUACCCCCAUUGCAGCACUUGAUACACUCACCAAACUUGCUCGGAUUUACCCCGACAUCCACUGGGAUAAGGAGGAAGGUGUCAUUCGGUUUAACCAGGAGGUUUUUGUCAGGGGUACGCCUGACUGGAACACUCCGGUUGCCGUUGCAGCCGAUGGUGCCACUGAUAACAGCGUAAGUUUGGUGGGUCGAAUUCAGAAGACACUCGCCAAGAAGUAA